AUGGAGAACCAAAAGCCGUGCGUAAUCUGUAAGGCAGUAAAGGAAGAUAAGAUGGUCGCGUGCGACGCUUGCGAAGAUUGGUUUCAUCUUCAGUGUAUCAAAGAGGAUGAAACAAUUUAUGAUCGCGAGUGGAUGUGCGAUAACUGCAGACCAAACCCGAUCGAGCAGAACGUUGUGUCAACCCCGGCCGUUGAAGGCCAACCCGAUUCGAUGAAGGAGAUAAGCCGAAUGUUCGAGGGGAUUAAGGCGUGUAUGGAAAAGUGUACCGCCCCGUUUGGCAGUUUACCGAUCGAGGAACCAUGCGCUUCCUGUGACCGAGCAUUAGGAGGCGAAACGGCGAAAUGUAGUGAGUGUGCCCGAAAACAUCAUGUAGCGUGCGUCGACGAAGGCGAAGCUGCGCUAGGAAGAGGAUGGAAGUGUUCCAGGUGUAAGUCUCAGGCGGCCAGUACAAUGCUUUCCAGCACGCUUGCUACCAUCAUGGAGAGACUGUCUUCCAUGGAACGCAAAAUGGAGACGAACCGAAAUGGAGCCGACCCACAGGGUGCAAUCGGGUUCAUGCAUCCGUGUUCUACCGCAUUCGACCACACGAAUUUCACCGAGGGCGAAAUAACGCGCAGCCAGGCUUCAGCAAGAAAGGUCGUAAGCGGAAAGCUGCCCAUAUUUUCCGGCGAUCCCGAUGAAUGGGAUGUGUUUUGUGCAUCGUUUGAGGAAUCAACACGGUUGUGCGGAUAUAGCGAUGGCGAAAAUAUGCAACGUCUGCGAGAAGCGCUGAAGGGCCAUGCACUGAAAGCUGUAAAGCGUCGCCUCUAUUACGGGGAUAACCUCUCGGAAGUUCUAGAGACGUUGAGGUCGAUGUAUGGACGUCCAGAACUCGUUAUUGCCACACUACGAGACAAGAAACGACAAGCUCCGUUACCUAAAAUGGAAAAAUUAGAGACGUUAGUUGAGUACGGCCUGGAAGUAGAGGAAAUCUGCGCAACAGUGAGGAAAAGCGGUGUGGAGAAUACGUACGAUGGGCCUCUGCUUGAGGAGCUAGUAGCGCGUCUCCCACCAGUACUGCGCCUCAACUGGGGUAUGCACUGUGAUGCCCUCCCGAGUGUCACUCUAGCACAGUUUGCGCGAUGGAUGACGAAGGUUAGAAAUGGUGCGUUACGGGUAAGCCCAAGACCAGCCGCUCGCGACGAAAAGCAAUCUCCUAAACACGUCAACGUCCACUCACCAAGCCAUACAACCACUCAGCCUCGCCAGAAAGUCUUAUCGACUGUAAGACAAGCUGAAUCGAGCAAAACCGAGCUAAGAAAAUGUGCGUGUGACGACGAGUGCAGUCGCCUGACUGAAUGUGAUGUGUUCCUGAGGAUGAGUGCCGAGAACCGUUGGAAAUACGUGAACGAUCAUCACGUGUGCAAAUGUUGCUUAAGACGACAUCAAAACCAGUGCCGGCUUCAACAACCCUGUGGAAAGGCUGGAUGUUCCCAGAGACACCACACGCUACUUCAUAAUUAUCAAACCAAGGAACAUCCUGGCAAGUACGAAAGCACUAAUUCUCAUUCCGUAGGAACUCAUCGCGAAGUAUUGCUGCGAUAUAUUCCAAUCACCCUACGCGCCCAUAAACGAGAAGUAAAUGUGAUCGCGUUACUGGAUGAAGGCUCGUCUGUUAGCCUGAUGGAACACACUCUAGCCCAGGAGCUUGGUCUUAGCGGUAAUCCGAAACCUCUCUGCCUCAGUUGGACCGGGGGCCAGCACCGCGAUGAACCGGAGUCGGUUGAAGUCAGCAUCAACAUCUCGGGCAUUCGAGGCCAUGAUCGCCAUUAUAGGGUACCGGCCAUCCGCACGGUUCGUAGACUAGGACUACCCACACAAAGCCUCGAUAUGGACCAAUUCGGCGCAAAAUACGUACAUCUAUCCUCCCUGCCGAUUCCAUCAUUCAGCGCUGCAGCCCCUCGGAUACUACUAGGUAUGGAUAAUUAUCAUUUAACCCGUCCCCUUAAAACCGUAGAAGGACUUAUCGACGAACCGGUCGCAACAAAAACGCGUCUUGGAUGGGUGGUAUCAGGCCUAUGCAGCAGCAGUGGACGUUAUCCCGUUGUACGCGAAACAAUAUCGUCACAUCGUGCCCAACUAUGCGAGUGCCGAGACAUCGAGAUAAGAAUAGAUAAUGCCCUGAAGGGAAGCUUUGCUUUAGAAGCCCCGCGAGGGGUGGUCAAUGACGUUAUCCGGUCCAAAGAGGAUGAACGAGCUUUGGAACUUUUGGCUAAGCAUACGAAUUUAGUGGAGGGUAGAUACUCUACGGGGCUACUAUGGCGAUAUAACGAUACCGUACUCCCAAAAAACCGAAGCUUAGCGCUGAAACGAAUGGACUGUCUCGAGCGAAAAAUGAGCAAAGAUCAAAAGCUCAGAGACGUCAUGAAUGCAAAGAUGAGAGAGUACGUAGAGAAAGGCUACAUCCGCCACUUAACCGUUGAAGAGAAGCUAUCAAACCAUCCACGGGUGUGGUAUUUACCUAUAUUCCCUGUGUUCAAUCCGAACAAGCCUAAUAAAGUUCGAAUUGUGUGGGACGCCGCUGCAAUCUUUCGCGGACACUCAUUGAACUCCGCCUUAUCUACAGGACCAGAUUUCCUCGCGCCGCUUUCAAGUGUUUUACAACGCUUUCGGGAGCGAAGAAUAGCGGUGGCAGCGGACAUAUCCGAAAUGUACCACCAGGUCCGCAUAAAUGAACAAGACCUGCAAAGUCAACGUUUUCUUUGGAAGUGGAACCCCGAGCAAGCUGAACCGGACGAGUACGUCAUGCUUAGGAUGACGUUCGGAGCCUCAUGCUCGCCAAGCUGUGCCCAGUACGUGAAGAACCUUAAUGCGGAUCGAUUUGGUGAGCAAUACCCCGAGGCAGUGAAAUGCAUCAAAGAGGACCAUUACGUCGAUGAUAUGCUGGCAAGCGUUGAAGAGGUAACCGAGGCCAUCAAAUUAACGGAAGAUGUGACGUUCAUUCACUCUCAGGGCGGGUUUCCCCUUCAUAAUUGGAUGUCCAACUCAGUGGAAGUUCUCCAAGCCGUCGACAGUAGCGAACACCAACAAAAGGACCUAACCUUGGAGCCCAGCUCAACACCAAAUAAGGUCCUAGUUCCGUCGUUGUCGACCAGUGCGUGCAUACUAGCGGUGAGGAAUUUCAUAGCUCGUCGUGGAACGCCGGUGGAAAUCUACUCGGAUCGAGGAACAAAUUUUGUCGGAGCGAGCCGCGAACUUCGAGAGGCCCUAAAAGAAGUAGACAUGGAUGAGAUGAUCGAGACGAUGAACUUACCGAACACUCAAUGGGUCUUCAAUCCGCCAGCCGCACCACACUUUGGGGGAGCGUGGGAGCGAUUAAUCCGGACGGUCAAGCAGACUUUACACAACAUCCGAUUCACGCGACACCCAACGGACGCGGUACUCAGCAGUUGGCUGAUCGAAGUCGAGCAUAUAGUGAACGCUCGUCCGUUGACGGAUGUGCCAAUUGAUAGUGAGGAGGAUGAACCAAUAACCCCAAAUCACUUGCUUUUAGGUUCAUCAGCUGGAGUAAAGCCGUUUGUGACUAUAGACGACUCGCCGGACACGCUGCGCAACAAUUGGAAAACGUCACAAAUCUACGCGAAUAUAUUUUGGCGAAAAUGGGUGGCAGCCUACCUUCCUACCCUGACCCGAAGGACAAAGUGGUAUCAGCCCCGUGAACCGCUCAAGGAAGGAGAC